AUGAACGUAAAUCGGACCAACAAGACGCUUUCAAAGUAUAAGAUAGUGUUUCUUGGAGAGCAAGGUGUGGGAAAGACGUCACUUAUUACUCGAUUCAUGUAUGAUACUUUCGAUGACCAUUACCAGGCGACAAUAGGCAUAGACUUUCUCUCGAAAACAGUAUACUUGGAUGACAGAACCAUUAGGUUGCAACUAUGGGAUACAGCGGGACAGGAGCGGUUCAGGUCGUUAAUUCCCUCGUAUAUUCGCGACUCGCACGUUGCGAUUGUGGUCUAUGACAUUACAAACAAGAAGAGUUUUGAGUACAUAGAUAAAUGGGUCGAGGACGUGCGUAAUGAACGCGGGGAAGAGAACUUGAUACUCUGUAUUGUGGGAAACAAGAGCGACCUGGUGGAUGAGCGCAAGGUAACUGUUGAGGAAGGUGAAAACAAGGCCAAGCUGUUGAACGCCAAGAUAUUCGUAGAAACAUCGACCAAAGCUGGAUUCAACGUAGGCGCAUUAUUCAAGCGCAUUGCGAAACUUUUGCCGGAGUUUCAGAACGGGAAAGGCACAUCUGGGCUGGGCAACGGUGAUGCAGAAAAAGACGGUGCCGGCACACGGCAGGGCGUAAUCGACAUCUCCGUGCCAGUCGCAAAGGGCGGGGACUCCUCUUGCCAGUGCUAA